AUGAAGAUCACCACUUUUGCAGCUACCCUCCUCAGUCUCGGCAUUGCAGCUGAUACAGCCGCUGCUGCGUGCUGUAACGUCAAAGUUUGUGAUGGCUUUAACCGCAAGGGCAAUUGCAUGGGUGGCUGCUACCCUUACGGCAAGACCGUCAAAAUCAACAGAAGCGGACUUAAAUCAUCAAUCGGUUCUGGACAGACUGCCAGUGAUUGUUUCUGCACCUUUGGCAAAAACAGUCAAUCAUGUAUGCUAGUUAAUUCAAAGGGCCAAAACGCCCCUAACAAUUGCCUUACUGGCAUUAAUAAUUUGUACUGUCAGAGAAAGAAAUGA